AUUUUGACAGCGCUGCAAAUCGCCCUUUCGCCAGUUUAGCCACGUUCGGCAAUUUUUCAGUGAAGUCUGCUAGUGUAAAAAUCUCCGAAAAUCCGGAUUUAACCACAAGGAAAAGUAAAAACUACGGUCCACACCGCUGACGAUGAGUGAGACCAUUGCCUGUACGCCGGAAUCGGCGGUUUUCGAAGCCCCACAGCUGCAGUUCAACGAGGAAGGAUGGGGUCCCUGUGAGCUUCCGGAUGCUUUCAAAGACAUCCCGUACCAGCCGUUCAGCAAGAGCGAUCGUUUGGGCAAGAUUUCCGAUUGGACCGGCACCGCCCAAACUGACAAGAAGUAUCCCAACAAGUACGCGUCUCAGUUCGGUGGUGGCAACCAGUACGCUUACUAUCAUGAGGAGGAUGAGACGACAUUCCAUCUGGUGGAUAGCGCUAGGAUCCAGAAGCAGCCGCAUCAGCGAGGACGCUUCCGCGGCAACUUGAGAAACCAGCGUGGCCGAGGACGUGGAGGUCGCGGUGGAGUGCAGGCAGGUGGAAUGACAACAUUGUCCAAGAAUGCCACCAAGGGACGUGACCAGCGCCGUGGAACAACCCGCAAAUGGGGCGCCCGUCCGCCACCGAAAAUUCGCGAUGCUUCGGUUGCUGUCCGCCCGGAUUGGGUUACCGUAGAGGAAAUGGAUUUCCCGCGGUUGAGCAAGCUAUCGCUACCGAACGUCGAAAAGGGUGAGGAUAUCACCACUUGCGGAACGCUUGAAUACUACGAUAAGACGUACGAUCGCGUUAAUGUCAAGAACGAGAAGCCCCUGCAGCGUGUGGACAGAAUCUUCCACACCGUGACGACCACUGACGAUCCGGUUAUUCGUCUGCUGUCCAAGAGUCACGGAAACGUUUAUGCCACGGAUGCCAUUUUGGCUACGAUUAUGUGCUGUACGAGGUCGAACUAUUCCUGGGAUAUCGUCAUUGAAAAGAUUGGCGACAAGCUGUUCAUGGAUAAGCGUGAUAAUACGGAGUUCGACUUGCUGACUGUGAACGAAACCGCUAUUGAGCCUCCGAAUGAAGAUGGAAACUCGCUGAAUUCCCCCAGAAAUCUGGCCAUUGAGGCUACCUUCAUCAACCACAAUUUCAGCCAACAGGUGUUGAAGAGCGGAGAGAAGGAACCUAAGUACAAGUUUGAUCAGCCGAAUCCCUUCAUCGGAGAUGACGAGGACGGUGAAGUGGCCAGUGUUGCUUACCGGUACAGGAAGUGGGACUUGAACAAUGGUAUCGAGCUGGUGGCCCGUUGUGAACACGAUGCAGUGCUUUUGACCCCACAAGGAGACACACAAUUUCUCACGAUAAAGGCUCUCAACGAGUGGGAUUCGAAGGUCGCCAAUGGCGUCGAGUGGCGCCAAAAGUUGGACACUCAGCGGGGUGCCGUUUUGGCCAACGAACUGCGUAACAAUUCCUGCAAACUGGCCAAGUGGACCGUACAGGCUCUCCUGGCCGGAUCCGAUCAGAUCAAGUUCGGAUACGUAUCUCGUGCCCACGUGCGAGAUUCCUCGCGGCACGUCAUCCUCGGAACGCAACAGUUCAAGCCCCAAGAAUUCGCUAACCAGAUCAAUCUGAGCAUGGACAACGCUUGGGGUAUUCUGCGGUGCAUCAUCGACAUUUGCAUGAAGCAAAAGGAUGGCAAGUAUCUGAUCAUGAAGGACCCGAACAAGCCGAUGAUCCGAUUGUAUGACAUCCCGGACCACACUUUCGAGUCGGACGGCGAAGAGGAGGAAGGUGACGACGGUGAGGCGUUCCAAACGUACGCCUAUGGACCGUCGGCGGCUACGACAGCAGCGGCCACAGCCGCUGCUAAUGCCGCUACAGCAGCUGCUGCUGUUGCUGCAGCUGCGGCCGCGGCCGCUGCCGCUACAACAACACCGGCUGCCACGGAGCCAGCCACCACUGCUGCUACCACUGAAGCUACCACCCCAUCAACUACUACUAAAACAACUGCCGCAGUGGCAGCACAAAAGUAAGUUCAUUGUCAGAGAAACUUUUUGUAUGGUAAAAGAGGAGCCCCCAGUUUAGCGAGUAAAACGCAACAGCAGCCUAUAUUAUUGUCCCCAUAAAUUAAUCAUUCAAACAUUACUCUUAUAACAAAGGAACAACCUUUUUGUGCUCUUUAGGUCUUAGAGAACAAGAAACAAUGGAAAAAGGUAAUACGAUGGAAAAAAUAAA